AUGGGACGUCGUAAUCGUGAGACACUGCUGCUGCUAUCGUUCGUUGGCGAGAACGCAACCUCCGUUUCCUCCGCCGCCACCACUCCUUCUCACCCCGUUUUUGCUCCACAUCAACUAACUCGUGUCACCGCCAUUGACGUCGCUCCUUGCGGCUGUAUCUCUUCUCGGGAUAUAUCUUCGUUCGUCGUUGCAGCGAACAUGGUGGUUGUGGGUAUUGGUGAAGCUAAAAGUCAUUUUGAAGUAACGAAAUUGUUCAUAAAUUCUGACAUUUAUGAAAUUAAUGAGUUUAAAAAUAAGUUGAAAUGUCAUGACAAUUUCGGUAUAACUGAAAAAAGCAUAACUACACUUCAAAGCUACUCUUCUUCAUAUACAGAUGACUUUAAGGGCAAUUUUCCAUUAAAAACAGUUUGUGAGAUCACCGAACCAAUUAAGGAAAUGAAGUUUUUAUUAGUUGCUUCCAUUGUUAAUAUAAGGCAGAAUCUACCAUGGUAUUAUGAAGCAUGCAAAAAAUGUGGAAAAAAAAUAAUCCCUGUUCCCAAAGCCAAUCAUUCGUAUACCAACCCUGAGGGAAUUUCAGAAACUAUGGUUGUCGAGUGUACAAAUGCACAAUGCAAAAAAUCUGAAUUUCAGACAGUUAUAAAGGAAGCAAAGAGGCUGUUAAAUAUAAGUGCAUACGAGUUGAAAAAGAUACAUGAUGCGGCCGGAGACAGUGAUGCACUAUUUCCAAUGCAACUUAACGUGUUGAAAAACCGCAAGUUUGGUUUUGUUGUAGAUAUUACAGAAUACAAUGUCAACAACUAUAAUAACAUCUACACAGUUCUCAGAGUUACAGAAGAUAUGUCCAUUGUUUCUAAAUUGGAAAGUAAAAUAGAACUAAUGAGUAUUCAAUCGGUCUCCUUAAAUCAAGUUGCUUUGGAAUCAGAUGAUGUUGUACAGCCUGUUCAAAAGGAUGUGAUCUCACAAACAGAUGAAAGUUUUACACCCUCAACAGUUGAUAAGUCAACCGCAACAAGUCCAAGCAAAAUAUCAGGUGAUUUGAAGCGCAACCUCCAAGAAAUUUAUGAUGUUGAUUCUGGAGAUGAUUUAAGUUCAACUAAGGCUAAAAGAAAGUUCAACUAA